AUGGACUGAAGGAUUACUAUUACUAUCAUCGCGGUUGCGAUAUUUGUCGGAUGUCUUAUUUUCGGAUUCAUCCCACUGUGGAUCCCACUUUCAGAGGUAAAGCUGAAGUUUGUGACCCUCCUGGGGGCAGGACUCCUGUGCGGGACAGCACUGGCUCUCAUCAUCCCUGAGGGAGUGGAUAUGAUGGAGGAGUCCUGGCGAGCCUCGUCCUGCUCUGCAGCAUCAGCCAGUUCAAACACCAGUGCACGUCACAGUCCAAACGCCAGUGCACCUCACAGUCCAAACGCCAGUGCACCUCACAGUCCAAACGCCAGUGCACGUCACAGUCCAAACGUCAGUGAGGUGCAGGAGACCCCCUCAGAGACUUGCUACCCUCCUCGUGUCUGCAUUGGCGUUGCCUUAGUUGUCGGGUUCACCUUCAUGUUUGUGGUGGAUCAGAUAGGAACUUACCUUUCGAUGCGCUUGUCACGUACUGAUUUGCCUCACAGCACCAGCAUCAAAACAACUCUUGGGCUACAGUUUCAUUCUGCAGCUGAUGGCAUUGCUCUGGGUGCAGCUAUGUUCUCUGCUGAGGAGACAGUGAAGGUCAUAGUAUUUUUUGCUGUAAUUCUGCACAAGGCACCUACAGCUUUUGCCUUGGUCUCCUUUUUGAUGCAUGCAGGCCUGGGGAGGAAAGACAUACAAGUACAUCUACUGUGCUUUUCAGCUGUUGCACCUCUAUUUGCCAUAUGCACGUACGUCAUAUUGCACAUGGUGAGAAGCACAAAUCAGUCAUCUUGUGACAAAUUUAGUUUAACAGGACUGGGAAUGCUCUUCUCUGCUGGGACUUUCCUCUAUGUGGCCACAGUGCAUGUUCUCCCUCAGGUCAGCAGCAAGGGGCAGCAGCAGCCCCCUCCACCUUUCCAGGAACACAGUGGAGCUGAGGUGCAGCAGCACAAGCACCUGGGCUUCCUGGAGAGUCUCACUUUUGUUCUGGGGGCGGGACUCCCUCUGCUGGGUCUGGCGCUCAUAGAUGACUGAGAACAUGCUAGAGCAGUGCAGUGGGCAGGGCAUGAUGCUGCACCUUGAGGGCAAACUGUGAACACAUGCUCAGUCCACACAGUGCUGUAUGAAACUAGGGUAAAGGGUAAAGUACACAG